GUACCACAUCAGGUCUCACCCAUCCACUACCUCCCCUGUAACUCUAUAAAAGCAUACCUUGCUCUCUCCAUCUCCUACUAUCUCUCCAUCAAUUCUUCUCAUUAUUUUCCUUGUUUUUAAGCUUCUUGGAUUUCUCUAACCAUCGGUUGGUAGAGCUGACGACUCUACCGCAACCAGAAUGGUUAGUAAAUUUUAGCAAAAUAGACAACAAAGGAGAAGCAAGGAGAGACGGAAGAGACGAAGGUAGGAGUUGUCGUAAUGGAGGUAGAUGAGACGAGAGGUACAGAAGAAGAGUGUGAUUACACUCUUGAUGGCGCUGUGGACUUCAAAGGUCAUCCUGCAUUGAAGGGAAAAUCUGGUGGAUGGUUGGCUGGUACCCUAAUACUUGUGAAUCAAGGACUAGCAACUUUAGCAUUCUUUGGUGUGAAUGUUAACCUUGUGCUGUUUCUGACGAGGGUGCUGCAGCAAAACAAUGAGGAUGCAGCCAAUAAUGUUAGUAAAUGGACAGGCACAGUGUACAUGUUCUCCCUCGUUGGCGCCUUCCUCAGUGACUCCUACUGGGGAAGAUACAAAACUUGCGCCAUCUUCCAGGUCAUAUUUGUGCUUGGACUGGUGCUACUAUCAUUGUCUUCGCAAAUGGUCUUACUCAGGCCCACAGGAUGCGGCAAUGAGCACAGCACAUGCAAACCCCACUCAAGCAUUGAGAUUGGGGUGUUCUACAUAUCCCUUUACAUGAUUGCCCUUGGCAAUGGGGGUUAUCAGCCUAAUAUCGCCACAUUUGGGGCUGAUCAAUUUGAUGAGGAGGACCCAAGAGAGGCCCGCUCAAAAGUGUCUUUCUUUAGCUACUUCUAUUUAGCCCUCAACAUAGGCUCCCUCUUCUCAAACACCUUCUUGAGCUACCUUGAGGAUAAGGGCAGAUGGGUUUUGGGAUUUUGGGCCUCAGCAGCUUCUGCCUUCAUUGCCCUGGCCCUCUUCCUUGGUGGGACUCCCAGGUAUAGGCAUUUCAAGCCAGGUGGGAAUCCCCUCUCCAGAGUUUCCCAAGUGGCGGUCGCGGCAUCGAGGAAAUGGAAGAUCAGCAUGCCGCAAGGCGACGAGGAUCUAUACGAGGUGGACGGGAAGGAUUUUGCAAAAGCCAAUGCAAGCAGGAAAAUUCUACACACGGAGGGCUUCAAGUGUUUGGAUCGAGCCGCAUACAUGGAUCCCUCAGACGACUUCACCAUGCACGGCCAAUCCCUCGUCCGCAACCCUUGGAAACUCUGCACUGUAACACAAGUGGAAGAAGUGAAGUGCGUUCUCCGCCUUCUCCCGAUAUGGCUAUGCACCAUCCCCUACUCCGUUGUUUUCACGCAGAUGGCCUCCCUCUUCGUCGUCCAGGGCGCCGCCAUGCACCGCACUUUCAACGGUUUCGACCUUCCCCCUGCCAGCAUGUCUGCCUUCGACAUUCUCAGUGUUGCAGCCUUCAUUUUCCUCUAUCGCCGCCUGCUCCGCCCACUCAUUGGUCGGAUAACAAACAACCCACGGGGUCUCACUGAGCUCCAAAGGAUGGGUGUUGGGCUAGUGAUUGCCGUAGCAGCCAUGAUCUCAGCCGGCACGGUCGAGCACUUCCGACUCAAGCAGGCCCAAGCAGGCGGCGGCAGCAAGCUAAAUAUACUAUGGCAGGUGCCGCAAUAUGUUCUGAUAGGCGCAUCGGAGGUGUUCAUGUACGUAGGGCAGCUGGAAUUCUUCAACGGGCAGACGCCAGACGGGCUGAAGAGCUUCGGCAGUGCACUCUGCAUGACAUCCAUGUCGCUUGGAAACUACUUCAGCGAUGCCAUCGUCUCUGCCAUAAUGCAGGCCACCACUGCAGGGGGCCGCCGCCCCGGCUGGAUCCCUGCUGACCUUAACAGGGGCCACAUGGAUCGGUUCUACUUCCUACUGGCCACACUCACUGCUGUUGAUUUUGUGGUGUAUGUCGCCUGCGCAGGGUGGUACAAGUGCAUGAAGAUCGAGAGCAAGUGCGGGGACAACGAGGAUGAGACCGUCUCAGAUUGAUGAUGAGAGUUUUUCUCGUCGCCACUAAGAGGUGGAUUAGAGUAUUCUCACGUGAUUAGGCACGUGCUACAGAAUAAGGAUUGAAAAAUCAUUUGUCCAGUAAGUAAAAGAAACCACAAACGACCAGUGGCAGUUUUCCUAGUCUCUCUCUCUCCCUGUACUUGGGCCAGGCUCUAAAUUUAUCAACAGGGCCAGAGCAAACCCUAGGACCAACCCGCUCUAAAGUUCAUUGUACUGUACAUUUUUUGCCACCUCCACUAGCUAUAAAUUGCUCUUUUAUCAAAAGUAUCUUCUCA